ACUACCUCCACUAUUUUAUAAUCAGCUACUUUAGUAACGAUGCCACAUCAAACUUUAAAAAUAAUUACUUUGGUUUUAUUAAGAAUUAUUUUAGCACAAUCAACAAAUCAACCAAAUAUCUUAUUAAUUUUAGCUGAUGAUUUGGGUUACAACGACGUUGGUUAUCGCGGAAAUAAUCAAGUUAAAACUCCCAAUAUAGAUGCUUUGGCUUAUAACGGCGCUGUUUUAGAAAGAUUUUACACCCUACCAAUGUGCACCCCAUCAAGAGCUGCUAUUUUAACUGGGAAAUACCCCAUAAAAACCGGAUUCCAAGGAUUACCAUUUGAUGGCGGCGAACCGGGCCAUUUACCAGGAAAUGUUUCAACAUUACCCAAACAACUCAAAAAACUUGGUUAUAAAACCCAUUUGGUUGGAAAAUGGCAUUUGGGUUUCGCCUACAGAAACGUAACACCUUUAGCUAAAGGUUUUGAUUCACAUUACGGCUACUAUAACGGGCUUAUAAGUUAUUUUGAUCACACUUACCAAUCUAUGUCGACUGUGUCGGGCUUUGAUUUCCGCGAUAAUUUUCGUGUUGAUUGGAAGAGUAAGGGAGAAUAUGCAACUGAUUUGUUCACAAAUAGGGCGAUUAAAAUUAUUAAUGACCAUGAUUAUCGAAAACCUAUGUUUUUAAUGGUGAAUCAUGUCGCGGUGCAUACAGGAAAAGUUGUUGGAAAUAAAGGUCUCGUUGAAGAAAGAAAUACAACGAGUAUGAAUAAAAAUUUUGGAUAUAUUAAAGAUGUUAAUAGACGACGAUUAGUUGAUGCUUUGAAAACUUUAGAUGAUUCAAUCGGAAAUAUUAUUAAAGCAUUAUCUGAAAAAAAAGUUUUGGAUAACACAAUAAUCUUCUUUUUAUCUGAUAAUGGUGGACCUACUUAUAGAGAACUUUUUCCCAAUUAUAGCUCAAAUUGGCCAUUGCGUGGAAUAAAAAUUAGUCACUUUGAAGGCGCUGUAAGAGGAACUGGAAUAUUUUACAGUAAAAGUAUGACUUAUGGAGGGAAAUCCAACUCGAAUUUAUUGCAUAUGGUCGAUUUAUUACCAACGUUUUAUUCUGCAGCGGGGGGUAAUUUGAAAAAUUUAGGCCAAUUAGAUGGUAUAAACCAAUUAGACGUUUUAAUGUAUAACAAAAAAACGAAACGAAAAGAAGUUUUGAUUAACAUCGAAGAUGUAUCGGGAAGUGCAGCUAUAAUUACAGAAAAUGGUCGUUAUAAAUUAAUCCAAGGAAUACAAUACAACGGAACCUACGAUUCUUACGGUGGUGAAACCGGAAGAAACCCUUCAGAUGGUCCCUAUGAUUUCAAAUCGGUUAUUAAUAGUGAUGUGAAUCAAGCUUUUGGAACGAAAUUAGGAAUCGAUUCGGUUAAAAAGCUGCGAGAAGAUUUAAUAACGAAAAAUUGCAGGAAAGCGAAAUACGAAAAAUCUUGUAAAUUAUGUUUAUUCGAUUUAGAAAACGAUCCAUGUGAAACUACUAAUUUAGCCAAAUCAGAACGUGGGUUAACUAAUAAAAUGAUUGAUCGAUUGGAUUAUUUCCGAUCGGAAUCGGUUCCUCAACAGCAUACAAAAGUUGAUCCGAAAUCGAAUCCGAAAUAUUAUGGUGGUGUUUGGACUUUUUGGCUAGAUAAGAAACCUUUGUAAGAAAAAUAAGAAUUGGUUUAUAAAUGAUUCGUAUAUUUAUGUUAAUAAAAUCGAGUAAAAACAACA